AUGCCUACGUAUGAACUAGCUAUGAUGUUACGGACCAUGCCAAAACCUGAAUUAAAAACAACUUUAACACGAAUCUCACAUGCUAUCUUUAACUACGGCGGGAUUAUAAGAAAUAUUGAAAAUCUUGGUUUUAGAGCGAUGCCGUAUAAGACAAGUGCUCAUGGUUUAGUACACAGAGAAGCCAAUUAUUUCGUUUUUAAAAUAGAUACAGCAACACAAUCGGUCGCUGAUUUAAGAGAGGAAUAUAGCAGAGAUGUCGACAUUAUUCGACAAAGAAUAUAUAAAGUUCAGGAAGAUGCUAAACAUGGAUGUAGUCUUGAAGAAGAACUUAAACCUCCGGCUUACCGGAAAGAAGUUAAAGAUAUGGUUGAAAUUGGAAAAACUCAAGUGAAUCGCUUUACAUACAAAUUUAAGUAUAACUCUGGUCUUGAUUAUUAUCCUUUCCAAAAG